AUGUCGACCGCAGCUUCUCCACAUCAGACAAUUAAGUUUCAACAGGGCCAAAACAUCGUUCUUAUUGGCUUGAGUGGACCUUCUUCAUCGGGGAAAACCACCGUUGCCAAAGCAUUAACUUGUUUAUUUGAAAACUCUAUUCUGGUUCAUCUUGACGAUUUCUAUAUACCUGAUGAACAAAUUCCAGUAGACCCCAUUCAUCAAGAAAAAGAUUGGGAUUGCCCGGAGGCAAUUGACUUUGAUAAGUUUGUCGAGUAUAUUGAAAAUAUUAAAAAGGGUAUACUUAGCGAAGUUAAAACUUUAGAGUCAGACGUGACCUUGAAAUUGUCAAAGGAUGAGAUAAGUGAGUACAGACGAAAGAUACCUUCGACUCCCGAUACGUUAUACGUUUUCGUCGAUGGGUUUAUGCUAUUCCAUGACCCGGAGAUUAUCUCGUUGUUUGACUUGAAAUUGUUCUUUUAUGCCAGUUUUGACACUUUGAAAUAUAGAAGAGAAUCAAGAUCCGGGUACAAUACAGAAGCUGGCUUUUGGGUGGAUCCUCCAAACUACUUUGAAAAUAUUGUUUGGCCCCAAUACGUGAAAAAUCAUAAUUAUCUCUUUAUUGAUAACGAUGUUAAUAAAGAGCUCAAUACAUACGCAAUAAAAGAUUUGGGCCUAUUAAGUUAUCAAAAUGAAUCGAAAACUACUUUAAACGACUUGAUUCAAUGGUCUAUUGAUUCCAUUCUUAACUAA